AUGGGGCGCGAGGCGGCGGCGACGAGGUCCAAGCUGCGGAGGGGCCUGUGGUCGCCGGAGGAGGACGAGAAGCUCUACAAUCACAUCAUCCGAUAUGGCGUCGGCUGCUGGAGCUCAGUCCCAAAGCUUGCAGGUUUGGAGAGGUGCGGCAAGAGCUGCAGGCUGAGAUGGAUCAACUACCUGAGGCCCGACCUCAAGAGGGGCAGCUUCUCCCAGCAGGAGGAGGAUCUCAUCAUCAGCCUCCACAAGAUACUAGGCAACAGGUGGUCCCAGAUCGCAUCGCAGCUGCCGGGGCGGACGGACAACGAGAUAAAAAACUUCUGGAACUCGUGCAUCAAGAAGAAGCUCCGGCAGCGGGGCAUCGACCCCGCCACCCACAAGCCGCUUAACGACGACGUCGUCGCUGCGGACAACGACGCCGUGGCACCGCAUCAUCAUCAGGACGAUGACUGCGGCGCCGCCAAUAUUAAUAACAAGCAGCAGCUCCCCUCAACUGACGACCACCACUGCUUCGCCAUGAGCAGCGACGAACCUCUCGCGCCGCCCUCCCCGACCGUCAGCUUCGACCCACUGUCCGUGACCAACGUCCCGGCAAUGCGGCAGGGCUCCUACGGCUCGUUCGGCCGCUCCGACAACCACCUCUGCGACUACGGUGGCGGCGUGGACGUGGUCUCGGACGCCGCCACGACGUACAGCGCCGCCUACACAGGCGGCGGCGGCGGCGACAGCUCCAGCAACAGCAACGGCACCUGGACCUGCGGCGGCGGCAAUGUGGUCGGCGGCGAGCCGAUGCUGCCGCACACGGACAUGUUCGGCCGCGAUGCCGAGGCGGCGUACCAGUUCGACCCGGCCAAGUACAGCCCCUGGCAGAACCACCAGCAACUGCACCCGGCGGCGGCGAGGCUCCAUGGUCACAGCGUCAGCGGCGGCGCUGCGGGCUUCCCGAUCCGGCGGGACCUGCCGGAUUCCUGCUUCGACCUCGCCCGUAGCGCGCUGGAGGACGAGUUCAGCGUCGACUUCCUCUAG